AUGGCGUCGUGUGCUCUGCUCCUGCCCACCACGCUUGCGCCCACCGCCCUCCCUGCUCCCUGCUCCUCCGCUCCUACCCACGUCGCGGAUGGCGCCCGCGCUGCCGGUGCUCGCCUGCUCGUGUCGUCGCGCGGUGCUGCUGUGAGGCCCAGUGGACGCUUGGAGACACUUGCGUCGAUGGGCCGAUUCAGGGUGGCGAGGACGGACGAGCGGUGGAGAGUGCGAGUGGUGUGCGCAAUGGCUGUGGACUUGGGGGGAUCGAGGUCGAGCGAGGGAGCGGGGAAGGUGGAGGCGGGGACGCGGAUACGGGUGAUUGGACCUUUGAAGGUGUACCAUGUGCCCAAGCAUCCGGAAUUGGACAUCGUUGGGCUGGAAGGGGAGGUGAAGGAGGUGGUGACGACGUUCAAGGGCAAGCCGGUGUCGGCGACGCUCCCGUUUAAGGUGCAGCUGAUGACGCCGGGCGAGGAGAGCCGGAAGUUCGUGGUGCAUUUGAAGGAAGGCGAAUUGGAGGUUGUGGAGUGA